AUGGCGAAUCAGUCGACCCUCAGACUUAGGGAAGUGAGUCCAGAGGACAUCCCCAAGAUCAGCGAAGUAUGGUUCCGCGCCUUCAGUACGACGCCACACAACCUGGAGUUGUUUCCCGACACCCCCGCCGUGCGCACGUGGUGGAAUGAAGCCAAUUACCAUGACCUCGUGAACAAACCAUACCAGAAGUAUCUCAAGGUCGUCGAUGCCGCUCACCCCGGUGAUAUCCUCGCAUACGGAAAAUGGGACCUGCAGCCGGAUAGGUGUGGUGAGCGAUAUCCGCCAUGGCAUCCCGAGUCGAAUGCCGAGCUCUGCGACCAAUUCUUCGGGGGCAUAGAGAAGCAGCGCAGAAGAUUGAUGCAAGGACGAGAGCACUACUGUACAACCCCCUCCCCCCGACUGACAUACGUUGGUUUUAAUCACGUUAUAGACCUAGAUAUGCUGGCCACCAAUCCUGAUCAUCAGCGGCGAGGUGCUGCUUCCCUGUUGGUGCAAUGGGGAUGUGAUCAAGCUGACCGCAACGGUGUCGCAAUCUACAUAGCCUCCAGUAAACAGGGGGUUGGACUGUAUCGGAAGUUCGGGUUCGAGCUACUGGGAGGCCUUGACGAUACUCCUGAAGGAGCCAAUCCCAUGGUCAGAGAGCCUAGAAGGCUGAAUUGA